GCGCCGCCGCCGGCCGCCGCAGGGAGGGAGCCGGGCGGGCCAAGAUGGCGGACGGGGUGCUGAGCCCCGGGGUGAACCUGGAGGCCUUCUCCCAAGCCAUCGCCGCCAUCCAGGCUCUGCGUUCCAGCGUGACGCGGGUCUUCGACUGCCUGAAGGAUGGGAUGCGGAACAAAGAGACCUUGGAAGGCCGAGAGAAGGGCUUCGUGGCCGCCUUCCAGGAGAGCCUGCACUCCGUCAGCCGGGACUUGGGUGAGCUGGAGCGUCUGAGCAAUCUGGUUGGUAAACCAUCUGAGAACCAUCCCUUGCACAACAGCGGGCUGCUGAGCCUGGAUCCUGUUCAGGACAAAACGCCUCUUUACAGCCAACUUCUUCAAGCCUACAAAUGGUCAAAUAAGCUGCAGUACCAUGCUGGGCUAGCAUCUGGCCUUUUGAAUCAGCAGUCUUUGAAACGCUCAGCCAACCAGAUGGGAGUAUCUGCGAAACGCCGACCGAAAGCCCAGCCAACAACUCUCGUCUUACCUCCUCAGUACGUCGAUGACGUGAUCAAUCGCAUUGACAGGAUGUUUCCUGAGAUGUCUAUCCAACUCUCCCGGCCCAAUGGGACCUCUGCAAUGCUGCUGGUUACCUUAGGAAAAGUGUUAAAAGUGAUAGUGGUGAUGCGGAGCCUCUUCAUUGACCGGACGAUAGUAAAAGGAUACAAUGAAAACGUCUAUACUGACGAUGGCAAGCUUGACAUAUGGUCCAAAUCCAACUAUCAGGUGUUUCAGAAGGUGACGGAUCACGCAACCACUGCCCUGCUGCACUACCAGCUGCCUCAGAUGCCUGACGUGGUAGUCAGAUCUUUCAUGACCUGGUUAAGAAGUUACAUAAAGCUGUUCCAGGCUCCGUGCCAGCGCUGCGGAAAGUUUCUGCAGGAUGGCCUGCCGCCCACCUGGAGGGAUUUCCGGACACUUGAAGCUUUCCAUGACACUUGCAGGCAGUAGCAGCACAGCCCAGCAGGUGAUGUGUGUGGAGUGAGCAGCGCUGGGCUGCGAGGAGAGCUGCUGGCUUCACUGCUGGCUUCACUGCUGGCUCUGCUUCUGACCCAUCCGUUCUGCACUAAGCAGUGAGGUUGCACUAAUGCAGUUUGCUGUUUCAGAGUUCCUCACUCUGCAAGGUAUGUGUGAGACUGAUGGGUUUUGGAGGUGGUGAGGAGCACCUUGUGACUCCUUGGUGCUUCUCAACUGGAAUGAUCCAUCUGGGGAGAUCUGAUGGUAAUGAUCUUCGCCCCAAAUUUAAUGGAAGUGCCCCUGUAUGGUUGGUGUUUUGCAACAGAAUUCGCUGUGUUAAAGAUUUUUUUUUAUAUAAGCUCAAAAUAAAUUUUGUAUUUCAGAA